ACUCACGACAGCGUGUGCACCGAGCCGGUCCGGAGGAACAAUGCUUCUCCUGAAGCACUUCGCACGUGGGUGUCCGCCGGCCCCCCGCAGAGCGGCCCCGCUCUGGCCGUCUGUGUGGCCGCAUGCUCGGGGGCAGACGGCAGGGCUGAAGCGGUUCAGCACGGCGGAGGCUUCUGUGAGGACCGGGGCUCCCGGCAGCCCGAGGGAGAGGUGCCUGACCAUGGCGACCGUAAACCCGCACGUGAAAGCGGUGGAGUACGCCGUGAGAGGACCCAUCGUCACACGGGCGGGGGACCUCGAGAGGGCUCUGCGGCAGGGACAGAACCAGUCUUUCACUGAAGUCAUCAAAGCCAACAUUGGUGAUGCUCAUGCUAUGGGCCAGCAGCCAAUCACUUUCCUCCGUCAGGUCGUGGCUCUGUGUUGUUUCCCAGAACUUCUUGAGAGUCCAUCUUUCCCCGAUGAUGCCAAGCAACGAGCCCAGCGCAUCCUGCAGGACUGUGGUGGACAGAGCCUAGGCUCGUACAGUGCCAGCCAGGGGGUGGAGUGUAUCCGUCGAGACAUUGCUGACUACAUCACGCAUAGAGACCAGGGUGUACCUUCUGAUUGGAACAACAUCUACCUCACCACAGGGGCCAGUGAUGGCAUCAUGAGCAUCCUGAAGCUGAUCGUAUCAGGUCAGGGCUCCUCCAGGACGGGCGUGAUGAUUCCCAUCCCUCAGUACCCACUGUACUCUGCAGCCAUAUCGGAGUUAGAGGCUGUGCACAUCAACUACUACCUGGAUGAGGACCAUUGCUGGGCAUUGGAUAUUGAGGAACUGCAGCGAGCCUACCUCACCGCUAAACAGCAGUGCCAGCCCAGAGUCCUCUGUAUCAUCAACCCUGGAAACCCCACUGGUCAAGUGCAGAGUAAGAAGUGUAUAGAGGAGGUGCUCCACUUCGCCUUUGAGGAGAAUCUGUUUGUCAUGGCUGAUGAGGUUUACCAGGACAAUGUGUAUGCGUUGGACUGUCGAUUCCACUCCUUCAAAAAGGUCCUGUAUGAGAUGGGCCCUGAGUACUUUAACAAUGUGGAACUGGCCUCCUUCCACUCCACCUCCAAGGGCUACACUGGAGAGUGUGGUUUCCGUGGAGGCUAUAUGGAAGUGUUGAACAUGGAUCCACAGGUGGAGGCCCAGCUGGUCAAACUACUUUCUGUUCGCCUGUGCCCCCCUGUCCCUGGACAGGCAGCAAUGGACGUCAUUGUUAAUCCCCCCAAAGUGCACGAGCCCUCGUAUGCUCAGUUUACCAAGGAAAAAAACUCAGUCCUGGAUGUCCUGGCUCACAAGGCCAUGCUUACAGAGCGAAUCCUAAACUCAGUGCCUGGGAUCAAAUGCAACCCAGUCCAAGGAGCCAUGUAUGCCUUCCCUCAGAUCUUCAUCCCACCACGAGCAAUCCAGGAAGCCCAGUCCCGUUCUCUGGCUCCUGACAUGCUGUACUGUCUCAAACUGCUGGAGGAAACUGGCAUCUGUGUGGUUCCAGGAAGUGGAUUUGGCCAGAGGGAGGGAACAUUUCACUUCAGAAUGACCAUCCUGCCGAGCCCAGAAAAGCUAGAAGUCCUUUUAGGGCAGCUCAAGGAAUUCCACCUCAGAUUCCUUGAAGAGUAUUCGCAACAGGAACCUCAGAUCCCCAGAACCGCCCACGACCAACACAGAGAAACGUCAGAGCAACCAGCCUGAUGCUUCAUUUGACAGCUCGUGUCGUGUUAAUAAUGCUAACAAUUGCUUGAUUUUUGCGAUGCGCUGGAGUCCCCCUCAUGCGGUCAACAUGGAACUUCCAAUAGCCAGAACACAUGCUGCUAAAGAAAAAACUACCUUAUCCUGGUCCGCGGCUUUAGGCUAAAGCCAACAAUUUAUGUAACUGUAUCAUAAUAUAAUACAUUCCCUUGUAUAAUAUCUGGAGAUGUAUGAGGGGGGCUUGGCGUCACCAAUAAUGGGAGGGGGGGUAAUUAAUAA